AUGCCUCCUAAGAGCCGCGCCCUGCUGACUGGAGAUGAGAUCGCCCUCUACGACCCCGGAAUCCGACGGUCGAAGUCGAGGACCUGGAGGGAGUUCAAGCUCGAGACGUGGCCGUCUUGGCUCGUGGUGGAGACGAUAAGAUGCACCGAGAUGGGAGUCAUCCCGCCCGAGGUCAUGGCCGCCCUCACCCAGCACGACUGCUGGUUCUACCUAGACCGAGACAUUCACAUGAACGAGCGGCUGGGACUGGUCUACGACGAGGCGGCCAAGCCCGUGCCCGUGAUCCGCCUGAACGAGCCGGCAAACCAGCUGACCAUCACGAAGGACCUAGACCACUGGGACAGGCACGGUCGACGGCCCGCCCGCGGGCUCGAGGCGGGCGAAGGGGUGGACGGCGACCGAGACGGCGUCGCAGACCUGAGAGCGCAGCUGCAGCUGAGAGAAGGCGAGCUGGAAGCCCUCCGCCAGGACCCCGACCGAGACCGAGCCGUCCCCUCCGAUCACGAACCAACGCGAGCGCUAGAGCGAGAGAUCGAGCAGCUCAACGGAGCUCUGCGAGAUAUGGACGUCCAGCUUCGACUCCAGCAAGACGACGCGGCCCGUUUCAAGCUCGCCUCGUACACGGCCAUCCUGCUAACGUUCGUCGCGACGGUGUCGUUCCCGCACUUGAAGGAUCUCGCCGCGAACCACGCUUUUCUGGCCACGCUCAGGUUCUGCGCCCACGCGAAGCAGACGAUGCUAAAGUCCAUCGGAGCGCCAGUCUGGGACGACGGCUCGACCAAUACGCCAACUGAGCGAACCAGGGUUCGGCCUCGACGGAGUCGGGUUGUGGGGGAAGAGGAGAUACCACCGUCGCUUUGCUUGGGAGACCGCACUCGCUUGACGGAUACGCGUGAGGACGAGCACGUGGAGAAGAGGUCGUAUGUGAAGUGGUGA